AUGCAGGGACUCAAACCAAUAGUUCCCACUGAACCCUCCACUCAGAUUCUUGGGACAACAACUAAACUUGCUUCAGAUUUACCAGCAACUGAUUCUUUCUUGGGUAAAAACAAGGUGCCAGACCUACAGAAACUUUUUCAGAAAGCAGAUGGGCUCCCAGUACACCUGAAACGAGGAGUUCCAGAUAAGCUGCUCUAUCGGACCACUAUGGCUCUAACAAUAGGAGGGACAAUCUACUGCCUGGUAGCACUGUACAUGGCCUCACAGCCCAGGAGCCAGAAGUAAAGCAAGCACAGCUCAUGGAACUGGAGACACUUCUCUGAAGGACCUCCUGCAUGCAUCUCUGCACUGGCUUUAAUUCUGUGA